GAAAAGUGAUAGCAGGAGCAUUGUGGCUGUGGAAGACAGAAGCAACGGAAUAAGUAUUCUGAGGACAACAUGGUCCCUGGGAUGUGGUGCCCUUGUUCCAGGGAGAAGUACUUGGAGAAUGUACCAACUACCAGUUCAAAAGGUUGCUUCCGUGGCAUUCAGCAGGCUGGGGUGCAAAGACAGAACUGUGGUACCAUGGAAUUCAGGCUCUGUGAAAGACCUGUGCCUGACACACCAGUACAGACUGCAGGAAUAAAAGAGGGCAAUAAAUGCAAAUCUCACACUCCAGAGGACUAUCGGGUUCUGCUGGGAAACACCCAACUGUAUCAGCAAACACAGCACACCCAAAAUAUGUCGGUGAGCCGGAUUAUCAUCCAUCCAGAAUUUGAGAAGCUUCAUCCCUUCGGGAAUGACAUUGCCAUGCUGCAGCUACACCAGUCUGUGAAGUUCACAUCUUAUGUUGUUCCAGUCUGCCUCCCACCCACAGACUUACAGCUGCCCAGUCACAUGGCCUGUUGGAUAACUGGCUGGGGCAGGCUUUCGGAGGACAUGAAACUGUUACCACCCUUCUCACUCCAGGAGGCCAAAGUGAACCUGGUUGAGAAUAAACUCUGUAAUACCUUAUAUGGGCAAGUAUCUGGCAAUGACAAGGGCUAUGUGCAUGAAGAGAUGCUGUGUGCAGGGGACUUCUCAACAGGGAGGUCCAUUUGCCGAGGUGAUUCUGGGGGACCCCUUGUCUGCUUCCACCCCAAUAUCUGGGUUCUGGUAGGACUGGCCAGCUGGGGCCUGGACUGCCAGCAUCCUGUCUACCCCAGUGUCUUCACUAGGGUUGCCUACUUCCUUGAGUGGAUCAGUGAAGUCAAGAGGCAAACUCCUCUCCUGAACCCCGUUUCCACACCUCCUCACAUGGACUUUUCCCCUUCAGCACCUAUGAAGUCUGCUGGCUCAGCUCAGCCCUAUAGCACCCUCAUGUCUGCACAGACCUGGCUCCUGCUGCCAUUUCUCUUCACCAUCCCACAGCAGGCCUCGUGGUGACCACUGGACGCCUUGACAUUUUCACUGUUCAGAACUUUUGUCCAAAGUUCAGUAUCUCUCCCUACAGCCCCCAUCAGUCUAAGUUGAUCCUUUCCCUCACCUUAUGUAUCCAUCAAAUGUCACUUCCCAAACCAAGCCU